UUUUGGAUUAAAAAAAAGGGAAAAAUUAGCGUGAGACAAGGUCCAGGUAAAGGAAACCCAGGGCCAAAAAACCAAUUGAACGUUGAUGCUCUCUUUGCUGCCUUUUCUGCCAGUUCAUCGUUCAAUUCCUCUCCGAAAUCUCCAUUCAUAAACGAGUCAUAAAGCGACUCUGGAGGGAGAAACAAAGCCAAGGCAGCAAUGAUAACGCGAUCGAAUCUGGCAGAGCAGUUGAGAGAAUAUCAGAAUCGAUCCAAGCACGAUUGGGCUUCUGUCUCAUUUUUCUCUUCUACUUCUAAUCUACCUUCUUCCAGGGUUGAUGUUGUGAUCUUCGUAAUAUGGGAACUUAUCAUUCUAGCUUUCCUGGUCUUUUCAGCGGUUUCGUUAUAUUUUAGGCAUUUGCAACUUGCUUUUAUCUUAGUAUGCAUCACAAUGCUAUUGCUUUUAUGCAUGAAAAUUACAAAGCAAGUGAGAUUGGCUAGGAAAAAGAAACGAAGGAUGUUACUUCCAUUGUCUAUGUAAAACCACAAGUUGAAAGCUAUUUUAAGCAAUCCAACUUUGUUUUGUAAAUCGUGAGAAUUGUUGGCCGUUGCAUUCGGUCUGAGCUCUCUUUGGUUUAUUGGAGUGUGUAAUUGCACCUAGAGCAAGUUGAUUAAAGAAUAUGAUUGAUAUGAUUUUUUUAA